UUUGUGAUGGAAGAACAAGGUAAUGAUCCAAUUAGAGAUAUGGUUAUGGAUGCAAAUCUACAUGGUAUAGAAUAUAAUAUGAAUGAACAAGCCAGUGCGGAGCCAAUCUUUGAGGAGGCAAUGGGUGAUGCAAAGGAAUUUUUUGAUCUUUUACAAGCUACUAACACGCCACUUUAUGAUGGAUGUGAUGAUGGUGAUACAGUACUAAAAUGGAUGUCUCAUUUUAUAAAUGCAAAGACACUUUACAAUAUGAGUGUCGCUAAUUGGGAUUAUAUGUUAAAGUGUACUAGGAGAUGGAUGAAGCCAGAGGAUCGGGAUAGAAUUCCAAAAGAUUUUUACAGUGCUAAAAAGAUGAUGAGGCAUUUCAGUCUGGGUUAUAAGAAGUAUGAUGUGUGUGUGAAUAAUUGCUUCUUGUAUUAUGGUGAAUUUGAAAACAAAAACUACAUCGCAUGUCCAAUAUGUGGUGAACCUCGGUAUAAACAGGGACAUGUGCAACAAAAUCAACAUAUACCAAGGAAGUCAUUGUGGUAUCUCCCGAUUACAUCUAGACUCAAAAGGUUGUACAUGUGUAGAAAAACUGCUGAACACAUGAUAUGGCACUUGAAUUGUCGUGGUGUAUCUGAAAAGAUUGUGCAUCCUGCCGGUGCUGAAGCAUGGAAACACUUUGAUCACAUCUACCCCGACUUUGCAUCAGAUCCAAGGAAUGUAAGGCUUGGAUUGUGCACAGAUGGGUUCACUCCAUUUGGACAUACAUCAGCCCCGUAUUCAUGUUGGCCUGUAUUUUUGACUGUCUACAACUUACCUCCAUCAAUGUGUAUGAAACCAGAGUCCAUCUUUCUUUCUCUGAUAAUACAAGGUCCUCAAAGUCCUGUAAAAAACAUUGAUGUUAUGCUACGGCCACUGAUUGAUGAAUUAAAGGAACUUUGGUAUAACGGGGUGAAGACAUAUGAUAGUUUUAGGCAUGAACAUUUUAUUAUGAGAGCAGCACUUAUGUGGACGAUUACUGACUUCCCUGGAUAUGGUAUGUUAUCUGGAUGGAGCACACAUGGUAGAUUAUCAUGUCCGUAUUGUCAAGAUAAUUCUAAGGCAUUCCACCUUCCAAAUGGUCGAAAGAUAUCAUUUUUUGAUUGUCACCGACAGUUUUUAGCUCCCGAUCAUCCAUUCAGGAGAAAUAGGAAUGAUUUUAAAAAAGGUCAUGUAGAGAAUCGUGCUCCACCAGAGAGAUUGUCGGGUGAUGAUAUGCAUCAACAAAUUCAACAAUUGCCCGACAUACUAUUUGGGAAACCAUCACAAAGGCAAGUGAUCGAAGGAUUUGGUCAUUGGCAUAACUGGGUUAAAAGGAGUAUCUUUUGGGAGCUUCCGUAUUGGAGCACAAAUUUAAUCCGUCAUAACCUUGAUGUCAUGCACUGUGAGAAAAUUUUUUUUGAUAAUAUCUUUCAUACCGUCAUGGAUGACCCAUUGACGAAAGACAACUUGAAGGCAAGGAUGGAUAUGGAAUUGUAUUGUAAUAGGCCAAGUCUUUGUAUACCAGAAACAGGCUCUAAUGCGGGUAAAAAACCGAAUGCCACUUAUGUCUUGAACAGGGAGCAAAGAAAAUCUGUGUGUCAAUGGCUACAGAAUCUUAGAUUUCCUGAUGGUUUUGCAUCCAACAUCUCUCGGUGUGUGAACAUGCAAGAGGCGAAAGUUAGUGGGAUGAAGAGUCAUGAUUGUCACAUAUUCAUGCAAAGUCUCCUUCCAAUUGCAUUCCAUAUGGAGAUUUGGCAAGGCAAGAUUGUAGAAACAAUAUGCCAACUUGAAAGAAUCUUUCCUCCUUCCUUUUUUGAUUCGAUGGAGCAUCUAGCAAUACACCUUCCAUAUGAAGCCAAGGAAGUGAUUGAGCUUCAAUAUGUUGGCUCCAGACAUCGACAGACGGUUGUUCUAUUUAAAUGUGACUGGUACGAAAUUCCUCCUGCACGAGGAAUUGUAGUUGACCGAAAACAUCGUCUUGUUGAUAUUAAUCCAAAUCGGAAACUGAGAACUUAUGAGCCUUUCAUCUUGGCUAGUCAAGCUAAACAAGUGUAUUACACUCCAUAUCCAUCACAUAAUUCUAAUAGGAAGGGAUGGCUUGCUGCAUUGAAAUGUAGGGCAAGAAGCAUUAUUGAGAUGCCAACUGAGCAAGAAGACCAACACGAUGAGUCAGAACCCAUUUUUCAAGAUGAUGACCCUCUACCUCCCCAGCCGACUGAAACCGAUUUGAUAUUGUAUCAACCUAUUCAGCAUACUGAUGGGACUGCAUCUACCAUUAAUGUUGAGUUUGAGUCUAUGAAUGAUGAUAGAGAAUAUGAGGAAGAGGAUGAGGAGGAAGAGGACGAAUUUGAAGAUUAUUCUACAUCUGAGGAAGAUAAUAUUGAAUAUAUAUCUGAGAGUGAUAGUAGUGAUUAAUUAAUUAGUAAUACAUAGAUACUUUUUAU